AAACUGAUUUGAAGUUCACACACGCACCUCACCUGUAGUAAUUUUUAGUAUAAUGUUUACUCCAACGGUUAACGGUCGUGUCGACUUUUACCACUUUAUACCUGAUUCGAUUUAUCCGUCAAUGUACUUGUGCAUCAAAACACCGGCGCCGGUUUUGAAUUCAAAAUGUUUUCACAGUCUAACGAUCUAGACGAUGAAUUCGGGAGGCCAGUCGAAUCUAUAAUGCGGUGUGAGGAUUUCAAAAGCAACUUUGCUAGGAGACUUUCAACCAGAUAUUCAUCCAGAUCGCCUGUAACGAGUACAAAACAGGACAAUGUUUUGAAAUUUCGCCCGUCAGCUGCUAAGCAGGAAACGCUGAACAAUGGUCCGGCAAUAGUUGAGCAGAGUCCUAAGCUUCCAAGAAGUGAUAGUUUAGAGCGAAACGGGGAAUCUAUGAUAACACCGAAUAUAGCCGUGAAGAAUGACGCUGACAUUCGGCACACUGAAGUAAAUGCCCUAAACAUUGAGGUGGAAACUUUGCGGUGGCAACUGUCACAGCGUAAUUAUUUUCAGACUGAGACCAACAGGCAGAUGCACAUUGCUUUACUUCAGCAAAUAGUGACAUUUUUGAAUAGAGUCAAAGAUCACAUAGAGAGCCAGAAAACUGAUGCGGAAAUUCAACUGGAUACUACACCGAUUGACUUACCAAAGUCCCUAAACAUGACUGACUUGCCACGAACCCGGUCAGUUUUCCAUGUCAGCAGAAAUGUAGAUUAUACUCUGAGCCCUACUAAGAAAAUUAGUACAAGGAAAUUCAGCAAAUCGAUUAGUAAUGUUAACGGAUCCAAAGACUGCAACAAUUUUUGGACUCCUUCAAAAUUGUGUUUAGUAUCAGAGGAUGAGACAACCCAAAAGUUAACAGAAGAAAUGUCCAGACUUAUAACUCUUGCCAAUACUGUUCUUAGCACCAAGCUUCCAGACCUUGCAUGUUCCUGUAGUAGUGCUCGUGCUGAUUCAUCAUUGCCAUACACUAAGCCAAUUAAAAAUGAUCAAUCAAAUGUACAAAUAAUAUCCAAAUCUUUGGAUUCAAUUGAAGAAAAUGUAACCGAUACUAUUGCAAUGGAUACGAAUUGCAAUAACGAAACUUAUAAUGGCAUAACUAAUGAACUCGAAGAUGUGAAAACAAGGAUUUUGAGUGACUUUAUAGUAUCGCAAUCUCCGAUUAGUAGCGGACUGGAAAACGAAUUCGCUGGCCUAAAGUUAUUUGACCAAGAACAUCCAAGUUCGGAUAAUGCAUUCAUCGCAUCGUGCGGAGAUGUUCAGAAACUUGAUAAAAUAAACGAAUAUGGUGUUUCUUCUAACUUCAUAGAAGAUGAGAGUGGCUUUUCAUCGAUGAGUUCAUUUCAGGAGAUAGGUAUACCUAUCAUAAGCAUAAUACCACCGUCACCUUGCAAAGAAGUUGAAUAUUUCAAAGAGAUUUCCGAAGCAUCUGAAAAGUGGAACUCUGAUGCCAUUGAACUGGACAAACAAAGUGUCAAAGUGUUUUGGGUUUGAUUUCAUGUACACAUUUUAUGCAUACGUAGGUAUGCGACAACAUAAGAAAUCAAAUUCUAUGAGAAUGGAUAUGAUUUGCUUUUAGCCAUUCUGUUUGUCAUUAGUUAUUUAUUAAGUUUAAGACUAGCAUGCUAACCUUGCUGAUCAUAUUUAUAAAUAAAGAUAUUUUUGCAAGUUUUUUUAUUUAUUUAUAAGAAAAGAGCUAAACUUAGAACAAACUCGUUAACGAUUCUAUUCCAAUGAGUAAUAAUUGUCUUUAUUAGUAGCAGUAUUUUUUCGUACUAUAUUUCUCUCAUUUAUUUAUUACUUCUUUUUUUUUAAAUUUUUUCGUACUUAUUAUUAUAUAUUUAAAUAGUAACAAAAGGAGUAUCACUAUAGGUAUCUUCAAAUUAAAAUCCAUUUAAAAUUACAUUUUUAAAAAUUAUAUCAUCAUCACAAUCAUCAUCAUGAAUGUAAACAGUGGCGCUAUGUUCUGUGAUAGUCAUUAUCGUAUUUUUAAUCAUAUAAAAUUUUUGUUUUUAACAUAAUAUAACCUUCCUCGAUUAAGACAAUUUAAAAAAAUAUACAAUAUUUUACUGUCAACAGUUAUUUCAAAAUUUCCAAAGUACUUUUUAGACAUCAAAAUUCUUGUAAAACAACAUAUUUUUUUAUUAAAUAUCUAAAUUAUUGUGUAAAAAUAGCAAUUUAAAGAAAAAAAGCGAAAAUUAUAUUGCAAUGGCUGAAGAAGCAGAGGAAAGAGCAAGUGGAGACACAGUGUCUGUAACAAAGCCUGCAUCUGAGGAUAUAGUAAUAAAAGUUCCAGAUGUAGAGUUGCUGGUGGAUGGUUUUGGCUUUAUGCCAGAAGACGCUAAACUUCCACGAAAAUCAAAACAAUCCUCUAAAUCUCUUACAGAACAAUCGGUACACGAUUCUUGUGCAUCGAGCACUAAUAUUGAUAUCGUAAGGAGAUAUACUUGGGUAACAAAGAACAGAAUGACAGUACAGAUUAUAACAUACGGUGCUACCAUAACAACCAUUAAAGUUCCCGAUAAGAAAGGAGUUCCUGAUGACGUCGUAGCUGGAUUCGAUACUCUAGAAGAAUAUUUUCAACCGUCAAACCCAUACUUCGGAGCAACCAUAGGACGUUACGCAAAUUACAUCCGCGAGGGUACCGCAGUAGUGAAGCCAUCCGGACGAGUGUACAUGCUCAGUCAGAACCGAGGCCACAACCAUUAUAAUGGAGGACGCGUCGGAUUUGAUAAGGUUAAUUGGCGAUCCUACGUGAAUGGAAACAAAGUGGUUAUGAGCCACAUAUCGGAAAGAUUUAACGAAGGCUAUCCUGGAACUGUCAUGGCUCAAAUAACCUUUGAAGUAUCCUGCGAUAAUACUAUCAAGAUUGAAAUGAAAUGCACCACCAGUGAACCGACUAUCGUUAACUUAAGCAGCGCGCUGUAUUUCAAUUUGGCUGGACAUCACGCGGGUCCAGAACAGAUGUAUGAGCACAUCAUCACCAUCAACGCGGACAAAUUUACGCCCACGAACGAUGAAGGCCUUGUUACAGGGGAGAAAAACGUCGUUGGUGGUACCGUAUUUGACUUCAGAGUGCCACGUGUUUUGCGUGCAAUGCUACCCAAAGUACCUAUGGGAGGGUUUGAUGUCAACUACUGUAUAACGCAAGGCACAGAACAAGAUUUAACGUUCCAAGCCAGAGCACUCCAUCCGGUCACCGGAAGAGUGGUUGAAGUAUACAGUAAUCAACCGGGCAUGCAGUUCUACACUGGUAAUCUUCUUCCGGACCCGGAUAAAAUAGUUGAGGAAUUGGAAGGUGAAGAAGAAGCACAAGAAGAAGAUGUGAAGGAGGAGUCUGACAGCGAGAGCGAGAGCAGUGCGAAUGGAGAGGAGGCUGUUGAGGAAAGCAAGGGCAAGAAGAGUUAUGGCUAUGUCCCGUUAAUAGGAAAAAAAGGAACAUAUUAUAAGAAGCACGGUCUUUUCUGUCUUAUGCCACAAAACUAUCCAGAUGCAGUAAAUCAUAAAAACUUCCCAAUCUCCGUACUGAAUCCUGGUGAGGUGUACGUGCACAAAAUUCAAUAUAAAUUUGGUCUACUUUUGGGAAAAUAUGUAUAAUUAUUCGGUGUUAUCAGUCUUUUGUUCUGGUAAAAAUAAAAAUUGUUAACUGUCGAAAAUUA